AUGGCGUCAGAGAAGGUUCCAUCGGAGUUGGAAGAAGACAUACUCGUUAGGGUUCCACCUUUAUCUAUCGCUCGUUUCAGAACUGUUUGUAAAUGAUGGAACACUCUUUUCAACGUUAAGAGAUUUGUCAACAACCACUUGGCUCGUGCCCGUCCUGAGUUCAUCUUAAGGGCCAAAUGCAACCUUUAUUCGGUAAGUGCCACUCUCGAGUAUUUCAUCAAAAUCUUUGAUUGUUCCAAGGAGAUAUUCAAGCCUUUGAGUAUUCGACCAUGUAAGUACUACGUAAGAUACCACUCUCUGGCUGUUUUUAAGGGAGAUCAGUUUUUGAUAUUAGAACAAUGCAUUAGAACAAAGAGGAUUGAGAUUUGGGUGACAAAGAAUAAAAUUAAAAAUGAAGAUGGAGAGAUGGUGUGGAUUAAGUUCAUGACUGUCUCAAUACCAAACUGUAUGUUAUAUAACACAUGGCAUGGUUCUUCUCCAAGUUACUUCGUCGAUAAUAAUAUCUAUGGAAAGAUAAUGGUCGUUGUUGAUAGCGUAUAUCAAACAAGGUCUAAUUUGCUUUUUCCCCCCGAUAUGGAAUUCAUGAUUUUCCCUCCAACAUUUCUGGCAAUCCUCCGUGAAAUUCAGAGCUCGGUGUAA